UGGGCCAACGGAACGCUCGUGUGUUUAUUUUAUUAAAGUAUUUCUUUUUUGUUUAGAAAAGUGAUUUGAGUGUUUAGAAGAUUGUUUUUGGAGAAUAUUUGUCGGCGAAAAUGUAUUCACAAAUCCCCUUCAUAGAAACAAUACCGAGGCAGAGGAGUUUCGGAUGUCUCUCACUCAAAUUUGGAAGCAUAUUCUCAGCUUUAACUAUUAUUUUGUACACAAUCCUCGCCCUCGCACAAUGCAUGGCCACCAUCGACCAGCUGAUCCCGAGCGAGGUCAGCUGGUCCAACCGGGAGAGCGUCACAAUGUACCUCUUCGCGAUCUCCAUCAUCAUCAGCCACUGCAUCACGCUCGUCCUCACGGCUAUCAUGUUAGCUGGUACACUAAGGGAGAAACCAAACUUGAUGAAGCCGUGGGUGAUCUGGACGUCUUGCCUGGUGAUGGGCAACCUGCUACUCAUGGUCUACUGGACAACCAUCACCGUCGUCUUCAACCACAUCGAUGACAGCUCUUUCCUCAUCUACGUGGUUGCCUUCUUGAUUUUAAUAAUCCGAUUCUACAUGCUGAUGCUGGUGUCCAGCUACUACAGACAGCUGAUUGAGGAGUCAGCGGAGAGGAUGAAGACUCUACUGAACACCGACACGUGGUACUCGGCGUAGUAGGAACAGCUGGUGGUCAGCAACAGAAGUCAGAUAACAAGAAGUUACAUAAUCCGAUUAACCAAGUACCCGUAUGUUAAUAUAGUACCUAUUGAGAGGCGAAUAAAUAGGUAUUUAUUUAAUAAUGGUACCUAUACCCAUGUAUAUGUUCGAUUGGCGGAUCUUGCCGUUGUAUGCUCAAUUAUUGAUUGCCUGACUAGUUUCAGACCCAACUAGUCGGGCGAUCCUUAUAAAGACGCUCGAGUAGAGCAUUACAAAUAAGAUGAUACAAAUAAACACCAUUUUUCGGUGAUAUACAGGAUUUGGUGUUUAUAAGCAUAUUUUGCAAUAACAGCUAAUUGAAUUUCUAGUUUCCAGUUUCAGUUGUUUUAAAAAUCUGAUUUUGUUAUGUGACUUCUUUUGUAGAGACGCACGCGACGGUACCUUGAGAUAGAUCAGCUGAGUUAAACAAGGAAUAAGGUUAAAAAGAGGAAUGGAUGAGGUAAAAGAAAAAAGAUAAAGACAAACGCUGAGGCCAAAACGUGAAAUAAGAAUGAAUAGUCGUGAAUGAUAUGACGUAUGUAAAGUUGAAAUGUAAAUCUGUGAUGUGGU